CACGAGUAAAGUUUUUAGUUUAGGAAAGUCCAAAUAAAAUCGUUUCUCUUAGCAGUGUGAUAACCAUUCCAGUAUGAAAAGAGGAAGAUUUAAUAACCACGGAAGUGGUAACCGGCGACCCGGGCCGCACCAUAACAACGCCCGUCCGCGAAACGAUCGACCACGAAAUGAUCGACCGCGCCGGCAUGGUCCCGUCGGUGGCCAGAUAGCGGAAAAGGACAUCUUCUGCACCGAGUACAUGUCCAGCUUGGAGGGAUUUCAAGGAGUGCUAAAGUCAAGGUUUUCCGAUUUUCAUGUCAACGAAAUCGAUGCGAACGGUGAGGAAGCGAUCCUGUCCGAUACCUCCGUCCCGAAGCCACCAGUAGACGAGACUAACGGUGGCAACACAGUCGAUGAGCAGGGGGAAGAAAUAGAUCCAAACGAAGAGUUGAUACGUUUGAUCGGAGCAGAUACCUUGAAGCGCAUUCAAACGAUCGCGAGCACCAAGCCGGACGGGCUAACGCCCGAGGACACCUUCGUGGAGGUGGACGUGACUGAUCUGUCGAAGCAAGAUCGCACAACGAUUCAUAACCGUGUGAAAGCGCUAUUUGGCAGUGCGAUCAUUGGAUCGACGGUGAGCCGCGAUGAGCGAAAGUGGAUCCGUUGUGAGAAGUACAGCAAGGGAGUGGCGCGGGAUCGGCGUGAAAAGUGGCUCUGGCCACACCAGUACACGUACUUCAUAGUGUACAAGGAGAACCUUGACACCAUCCAAGCAACACUGCAUCUGGCCCAAAAGCUACACUGUGCACCGUCCGCACUGACGUACGCCGGUACGAAGGACCGUCGCGGCAAGACCACACAAUGGAUGUGUGUGAAGAAGCGCGAGCCGUCCAAAAUAGCCGGUGCGGCCAAAGGUAUCCCUAACCUAGACAUCGGCAAUUUUACCUUCAAACCGGACACCCUGAAGCUUGGCAUGUUGCGUGGAAACCGCUUCCGGAUCGCACUGCGACAGGUGACGGCAAGCGACGAGGUGGUCACACGCUGCAUGGAGCAUUGGCGCGACCAUGGUUUCAUUAACUACUAUGGGCUGCAACGGUUCGGAAAUUGUGCCUCGGUACCGACGUACCGGAUCGGGAUCGAGCUGCUGAAAGGCUGCUGGAAGGAGGCGUGCGAGCUAAUCAUGAAGCCACGUGAAGACGAACCUCCGUUCAUGGUUGAGAUGCGAUCGAUUUGGCAGGAAACCCACGAUGCGGCCGAAGCCCUCAAAAAGAUUCGACCCUCGAACAAGUCCGUCGAAGCGUAUCUCAUGAACUGGCUGGCGAGCCAUGGCAACCGAGACUUUCUCGGUGCGAUCGAGUCGUUGCCACGUAACGUACGGCUACUCUAUAUGCACUCGUAUCAGAGUCUGAUCUGGAAUCGUGUCGCCUCGCGCAGGAUACGUGAGUAUGGGUUGGCCCCGCGGGUCGGCGAUCUAGUUUACGUUGACCAACGCACCGAAGCGGUUGCGCUGGAGGACGAGGCAAUCGAAGGCGAAGAUGAUGGGGGGGAUUUGAGGAACGUUGAGGCGUUGCUCGAAGAUGAUCCGGAGUCGGUGCAACCAGAUGAAGCGACGGAGGAAGAAACUGUGACCGAACCAACGGAGCAAGCGGAAUCGGCAUUUAAGAGUCUUGUGCGUCCGUUGACAGCCGAAGACGUGUCAUCGGGGCGGUAUACCAGCUUCGACAUUGUGCUGCCACUGCCCGGCCAUGACAUUGCCUAUCCCGCCAAUGAGUGCCACCAGUGGUACGAAGAGGCAUUGGCCGAGGACGGUCUGUCGUCGGAGAAGUUGAAGCGCAAAUCGAAGAAGCACUCCCUGACUGGCGCCUACCGAAAGGUGUUUGUUAAACCGGACCACCUCGAGUGGCGCAUCGUCAAGUACAUCAACCCUACCGAUACCCUCAUCCUGUCCGAUGUGGAGAAGAUGCGAAACACACCGGAACCACCGUUCGCUGAAUGGGCCGCCGACGAGCGAUCGCAGAGGGCUGUGCUGAUAGAUUUUCGUCUACCUUCGUCGACGUACGCGACGAUGGCUUUGCGUGAAAUCUUGAAAACCGAUACAUCGGCCAGUAAUCAGCGUGCACUGGAGAAGGGUCAUCCGGAGCCGGUACCGCCAUCGAACCAGCAGGAUGGGGCAGACAAGGAAUCCCAAGUCGUAAACGAGCCGACAACGUUCGAAGAACCCUUGUGUAAGGUGGCAAAGAAGGAAUAGGUGGAAUAAAAGUGGAUUUUGUACAAAACAUUGGCCCCUAUGCCGGAAAAGUCGAUUCUUUCGGCAGUUCCGGCAGUUGCGGCGAUAAUUUCCUUGACAAACCAACCAGA